CCAAGAAGAAGAAGACUUCAGGGCAGGUUCUUAUCUCAGGAAUAAGAAUUCUACUCAUCUCUACUCGGUGUGGUGUUUUAAACAAACAGAUAUGACCUCUGAGUUGCCUCUCCUGCUCGACACGGUCAACUUCGCUGCAGAAAAACACAGAAAUCAGCGCCGUAAAGACCCGGAUGCGACCCCGUACAUCAACCACCCGAUAGGAGUGGCGAGGAUCCUGAGUCAGGAGGGCGGAGUCACAGACAUUGAGGUUUUACAGGCAGCGUUGCUUCAUGACACUGUAGAAGACACAGACACUACUUUUGAAGAACUGGAAGCUACAUUUGGAAGUAAGGUGGCUAGGAUUGUCCAGGAAGUGACUGAUGACAAAACACUACCUAAACAGGAAAGAAAACUGCUCCAAGUGGAGCAUGCACGGCACUGCAGUCACCAAGCCAAGCUAGUCAAACUGGCUGACAAACUGUACAACCUACGUGAUCUCAACCGCUGCACACCUGCAGGCUGGACAGCGGAGCGUGUUCAGGAGUACUUUGUUUGGGCGGCUCAGGUAGUGAAAGGGCUUCGUGGCACCAAUGAUGUACUUGAGGAGAAGCUGCUGCAGCUCUUCAAGGAAAGAAAUGUGUACAUGUGAUAAUCAAGGAGGUUUUCACUUGGUGCGGAUUUUGUUUUGUUUUCAACACUCAGGAAUUAAGUGUCUAUUUUUUUUCCCUGCUUCAUAAUAUUUAUGGAUCAGACAAUGCAUCCUUAUUGAUUAUAUUUUUUUGUUUGUUUUUUUAAUACAUUCAUCAGAUAAAUAUAUUGCUGUUAUAAAAAAAAAAGAAAUCAAAUAAAUGUCUUUGAGUAGGUCUAGUGAGUUAAUAAUGCACACUGACUAUAUCUAAGAGCUUUUGAAUGGUGGUUAUUUUAGGCACAGUAGAGUUAUAUAUGUUAAAUACAGAGUAAAGAAUUAUUUCUAUUACAAUUAUUCAGUAAUUACAGUUUUCCAGGUUUCUUUAGUUUUCUCUCAUACUUAACCUUCCUCUUGUGUUAGGGUUAGCAUCGACUUGUUUUUACUUUUUAAAUGCAUAAAACUACUUCCUAAUUUUGUUUAUUGCAUCAGGGCUUUUUGACUUUUUG